UACAUCCUUCAUAAAUUGAUUUAAAGGAAACCAAUAAUCGUACUAGUUACGAAACGUACAAGUGUUGUGUAUUACAAAAUAUGGUCCAAGUUGCUUAGUACGGUUUAUCAAAGGGUACGAUUAGGUCGCUUGGCACAAAAUGUAUUUUUUACUUAACUUUUUAAUAUUUACUGCGGUAUUUUGCCGCGUCGAGUCCGGACUCUUUGAUAGGUACAGCGGAAAGAAAGUGGAAGCCGCUCAAGCAAAGGAGCUCCGAUUGAAGAACGCUACCGAACGAUGUUCCAUCGAACUUCAGUCAUGUACUCCACACGAAGGCAGUCGUAUCGACGGUACAUGCAACAACUACAAGUACCCAAUAAGAGGCUCAGCGAGAGGCCCUUACCUGCGACUCCUGAAGCCAGACUACGCCAACGAUCGAGACAUCCGGAUGAACAGGCACGGGGAUCACUUGCCCUCGGCGCGGAAGGUUAGGACGGUACUGCACUCGACCGGCCGCGUGGAAGAUAAGGUCACCUUCAAUAUGGCCGCCGUGCAUAUGCUAGAGUUCAUACACAGAGACAUCAGCGUCAUGAAUGGACCACUUGACUACCUCCGCCGCAGACAAUACUGCUGCACGCCAAUAGGUCGUAAAGACCCCAAGUGUAUCCCCAUACACGUGCCAGACAACGACCCCUAUCUCAAAGUGACUGAUAUACGCUGCCUAAACUUCAGCAGAGCUGAAACUUUCCAAGAGGCUGGAUGUACUCCCGAAACUGUACUUCCCGAACAGAUAAAUUUCCAAACGCCAGUGAUUGAUCUGUCCACAAUAUACGGAGUUGAUAAUCUGGCGCUUUCCAAAGUCAGAAAGUUCAAGCACGGGUUGUUGAUACUUGAGAAAAGGGAAAACCGUUAUGUCCCAGCCAACAUAACAGCUAACAGCACCUAUCUUUCUUCCGAAAUGGUGGAAGAAAUGAAGACUAAAAUAAUUACGAACAUAAAGGACGAUAUGACAAUGAAACUGACGAUGAAUAUGAUAAACAACAAUUACACAGUCGCAAACAUGACUUCGGAGUUGAUGACUAAUUUGUCAUCGGAGAUGAUAGGUCAUAUGACGAAGAAGAUGCCAAAUAUGUUGCCUAAUGAAACAGAGACUGAUGAUUUGAAGCAACAGAUAAUGCAGACGGUAAUGCAAAACAUUCGAAGUAAUAUCACUACGGAAAAAGACAAGAUGGCCAAUAUGACAGCAGAUGCACUAAUUGAUAGCAUCGCGACUAUAGUAGCUGAUUCAAUGGUUAGACUGGUGAACAGUCUGGUUUCUAUCAGGCCUAAUGUAACUGAGAAUGUUUGCUUCCAAAAUAAUGAUACAGAAACUGUUUGUUAUGACUUUGGCUUCCCAGAAGUUGGAAACUAUGACCUUCGAACAACAACGCUGACGAUAUUCUUCAUGAGGGAACACAAUAGAUUGGCACGAGCCCUCCAUGAGAUUAACCCCUGUUGGAAGGACGACCGCCUCUUCAAGGUGGCCAGACAGAUCAACAUCGCGACGGCAGCUAACAUAUUCAUGUAUGAACUGCUACCUGCAUUGUUAGGUUUCCGUAACAUGGUCAAUUACGGGAUCCUGUCAGAGAACGUAGAGCACGUGUCUGCUUAUGAAGCAGAUGCGGUGCCUCUCGUGUAUGCAGAGUAUGAUAUCGCCACCAGAUACUUCCAUACUUUCUUAGAUGGCCGGAUAAAAACAUACACCGAAAGCUAUCACUAUAAGGACGAAUAUUCCUACAGUGACACUAUGUUUAGAUCUGGUCUCCUCGAGAAAGGUAAAAUACUCGAAGAAAUUAAUCGUGGAACAUUCCAUCAGAACGCUGCCAAGAUUGACGACAUUCAAGAUCCAGAGAUUUCAGAAAGUUAUUUCGGCAAGAGACUGCAAAAAGCUCACGAUUUGCCAGCUAUUGGUAUACAAAGAGGCAGAGACAUGGGUAUACGUGGAUACAAUGACUACAGACACUUGUGUGGAAUGAAACCAGCCAAAAAAUUCCGUGACUUUUUAGAUGUAAUGGAAAUUGAGAAAGUGGAAGCUCUAAAAAGAUUAUAUGAUGACGUGGAUGACGUGGACUUGUUGGCUGGAGUGAUGAGUGAGAACCACAUACAGGGGAUAUACGCGGGUCCAACGCUGUUCUGCAUCAUGAUGAAACAGUACGAGGUCUACAGGUAUUCUGAUAGAUUCUGGUUCGAAAGAGGCGACCAGAUGCACAGCUUUUCUUUGGAUCAAUUGCAUGAGAUCAGAAAAACUAACAUGGCGCGUUUGGCGUGUGACAACGCUGAGGGCAUUAAAUACAUACAACAUCAAGCUUUUAUGAAUGUUAAACCAGGAAAUAUGCCAGUCCCCUGUUCGCACAUCGAUGGACCUGAUCUAAGGAGAUGGGAAGAUGAGAGUUGCCACAAAUAUAGCAAGUACUCUGAUGAAGCGCAUGUGGGAUAUAAAAUGUCUGGAGGAUAUAAAAAAGAACCAAAACAUUAUAUGAACUAUAAACAGAUUCCUGAGAAGUACGAACGGGUAUCUGAGGGGUAUGACCGGGCCCCUGAGGGGUAUGUACGGGCCGCUGAAGGGUAUAACCAGGCCCCUGAUGGGUAUGAACGGGCCUCCGAAGAGUACGAACGUGUCUCUGAAGGGUUCAAACAAAGCCCUAUGGUAUACAAACACAAGCAAUCGUACUUCGGAAACGGAAGAGAUUCAGAGUUCUCAACUUUUUUCGACAAUCUACUAUCCUAUAAACCUUAUGAGGAAGUAUCUAGUGAAAGGAUAGAAUAUUUCUCUUUUUAAUACCGUAAAAUAAAAUGAGAUCAAAUUUUUCACCAUCCAAAAAUUUUGUACAUAAAUACGAAUGGAGAUUUGUAUACCUAUUUACAUUUAUUCGUAAGUAGCUUAAUGUAAAAUCUGUCAUAAAAGUUCUAAAACGAAAAAAGUUCCUAUUUUAUGCACUAUAAUACCUUAAUACAAUUUAUGUACUAUAGAUACUAGAACAAAAACUGCGUAAAUCUCACUCACCGAAAAAUAAUUUUAGAACAAGACAACAAUUUAGUUUUGUUUUCGUAAUACCA